UUGUCAUUCAGUGUUAUUCAUUACAGAAAAAUAAAGUGUUAGGUCUAUACAGAAUAUAUGGAUAUAAGACAAUUGUUUUGGACGAUGUUUUUGAAGAAAAUAAUUAAGCAAAGUAAUAUUUAUGUAUAAACUUAAAAAUCAAAAUUGAAGAUAGUAGUUUAAUAAAUUAAGAGCAAUCUGUACAAUGUUUGGUUUUGAUGGAGAGUAUAGACGAAGACCUGCUCAGAGUCUUGGAGGUGUUUCUCAGACAAGUGACCGUGAAACAGUAAUACGGAAAGCAAAACAAGAGAGGCAGAAACGUAGUGAACUACGCUUACAAAAUCAGGGAGCUGUCGUAAUACAAUCAUAUACACGUUCAUUUUUAAUAAGGCAGCGCUGCAAAAACUAUGAGCGAGAAUUGUUCGAUGAAUUUUUUCGUAUGCAUCGGGACAAAGUGCUAGAGGAUGAAAAUUUAACAUUUUUACUACGGAGGAUAUUGUUUUUUUACAAUAGAAAGAACACACAAGACACCGAACGUCUGAUUGAAAUUUGUCAGCACUUAGUACGUAAUCCUGGAAGAAUGCUACAAAAUGCAGCCACCGAUUUUAUAUGGUUACAUAGAUUAAAAAAGAUACUUGAUGUAUGCAUAACACAAUUAUUCAUACCACACGUUGCCCAAGCUAUACCCCUACGUAUGCUGGAAAUUUUCACAUCUGGAUCUUCCGUAGAACGUUAUGUUGAAAAUGAGAAACUAGUUCAAUCAUAUCUUGAUCGCAUAUUUUUAUAUUUAAUUAAGCGGGAAUAUUUUUAUCGAAUACGUUUACUGAUUGAUGAGAAAUGUCCGCCCUUAGAUGGAGAUACCUUACAUCCGCCAAACAAAUUUACUGAAGCACUUUAUGAACUAUUGUUGCGCCCUUUGCUCUUGUCAAAUAAAAGUGAAGUGUUCUCGCAAGGUACCACAAUUUGUCAUUCGUUUAUUAAACAUAUCCUAGCUAAACCAUUUACGGAGCCAAUACGGAAUUUUGUACUACCGUCAAUGGCUGCAAAUAAAGAAUUUCCAUUCGAAUACCUCAUAAAAUCCUUAGAGCAUUCAGCACGAAAACAGCAACAAGAAAAAAUGCAAGUUGAUGAGAACAUUAAUAUACCAACCUUUACCAGAGUUUCUGCAGUGGUGACUUACAACGAGGAAAAAAAAGAAGUUAGAAGUGAUGAUAUUUUUACCAGUUUCCUACUUAAUGCGGUUUUAAUUUUAGAUAAACAUAAGUUAGAUAUGCUCCAUUCCAAAUCAUUACUUCCCGAUUAUAUAAAAAUAAUAGCGACAGUAUCGCCUAUUAUUUUGCAACUUCCAAAAAUAUCUUCACAUAUAGAGAACAUAAAUCAACGUUCUGACGAUUCAGAAUCUUCCGAAGAAGACGACGACGAAAUUUAUAUAAAAAGAAGUAAGGAUACCGAAGAAAAUAAUUGUAAGACUCUUAGCAGUAUUGAAAGAGAUGCAUUAUUCGAAAGCAUAAGUAUUUUAAACGAAUCACAACAUGUGAAUGCGAUUGUGGGUUCAGUGGAAGCAUAUUUAAGUGAUGAAAAUGUAUUGUAUGGACUGUGCGAAAUAUGUCACAAUCUGAUGAUUUACAACAAAGCAGCAAUAUUGCAAUACAAACUGCUGUAUACUUUAGCGUUCAUGCCCCAAGUGAUUCGUGCCAUUUGGUUCACUCUAGCUGCAGAGUCAAGUAAAUUAGGUUUUUCUGCUCCAUUAACUCUGAUCUCUAAAGGCGUUGUGCCAAAACAGUGUGGCGUUAUGCGAACGAUACCAAUGCUAGCGUCUUUUUGUUUACUUUUUGGACGUUUACUGCCAACGUUGCACGAUGUAGAGUUCUGUGAGGAAAAUUUGCUGGAUAUCGAUACCCCGCAACCUUUAACAAAUCAUGUGCGUCUUAUGCCGUUUUCUAUUGCUGAAAUUAAACAACUUUCUAAAACCCUAAAAGAAAUAUCGAUGGGACUCGUAGAGUUAGCUUUUCCUGAAACACGUACCGGCCUAAGAGAACACUAUCGAUUUGUGCUGGGUCCUGCCAAUUUUGACGAUGAUAAAAUAAAGCAACAAAAACAAAUUUGGGCAAACUUGUUAAAGGUUGUUGUUUUUGUUUUAAAUCAAAUACAUACUCGUGAUUUGAGGCUGCGUUUCUGUUCGGAGUCGCAUUGGAUUGUAAAUCAAUUGGAUUUACCGUUAGACAGACCAACAGAUUUACCAUUAACGCGUGGUACACGGUUACGUGGCUUGCGUCCGUUUCAACCAAUCCGUGAUUUUACACGGAAAGAUUGUGAAAAUGGACCACCAAUGUCUACAAAGCAAAUACGUUCCAUUACAAUUUUAAGGGAGAUUCCAUUUGUUGUGGCUUUCAGUAAACGCGUAGGAAUUUUGCAAGGACUAAUAGCGGCCGAUAAGCUGCGUGUACAGGGUGAUUUGCAAGCGUUUUUACAAGGACCUUCCAUAUUGAUUACAGUAAGGAGAGCAUAUCUAUAUGAAGAUGCUUAUGACAAGUUAAGAUUAGAAAAUGAACCUGACUUACGUCUGAAAUUUCGAGUUCAGUUUGUUUCAUCAUUGGGGCUUGACGAAGCUGGAAUUGAUGGUGGUGGUAUUUUCCGUGAGUUCUUAUCUGAGCUCAUAAAAACAUCUUUCGAUCCAAAUAGAGGCUUUUUCAUGGUUACUACGGACAAUAAACUCUAUCCAAACCCGAACGUAUCUGACCUAUUUCCUGAUUUCGAUAAGCAUUAUUUUUUUAUUGGGCGUAUAUUAGGAAAAGCCAUAUAUGAAAAUUUACUCGUUGAGUUACCUCUGGCAGAAUUUUUCUUAACAAAACUAGCUGGUAAAUAUGCUGAUGUUGACAUUCACCAAUUGGCGUCACUUGAUCCGGAGUUAUAUAAGAACCUUUUGUAUUUGAAAGACUACGAAGGCGAUGUCAGUGAAUUGAAUUUAGAUUUUACGGUGACGACGAGCUCAUUUGGACAAACUCAACUGGUGGAACUCAAACCAAAUGGUCAAAGCAUAUCAGUUACAGACUCAAAUCGAAUUGAAUACUUGCAACUAAUGGCUGACUUUAAAUUAAACAAACAAAUACAAAGGCAUUGUUCAUCUUUCCGAAAAGGACUCUCUAAUGUGCUACCAGUAGAGUGGUUGUAUAUGUUUAGUAACAAAGAGUUACAAAUAUUAAUAUCUGGUGCGGAAAUACCAAUAGAUUUAGAGGACUUAAAAAAACAUUGUAAAUAUGGUGGUGAAUACAGUUCUGAGCAUCCAUCAAUUGUGGUGUUUUGGUCCGUUUUGGAAAAAUUUAAUGACUUGCAACGUAGACAAUUACUUAAAUUUGUGACAAGUUGCUCUCGACCACCCUUAUUGGGAUUUAGAGACCUGGACCCACCUUUUUUCAUUCAAAACGCAGGUGAUAUGGAACGUUUGCCCACAGCGAGCACGUGCACAAAUCUACUGAAGUUGCCACCUUUCACAACUGAAGAACAAAUGCGUGAGAAGCUAUUAUAUGCCAUACAAGCAGGUGUAGGAUUCGAAUUGAGUUGAAUUAUUUUUAUUUUAUAUACGUUUACAUAAAAUAAAAAUGUAUAAUAGUAAAUAUAUGUAUUUUUUGCAGAUAAUAUAAACAAUGUUUUACUAGAAUAUAAAUUUAUUUUUAAUUAUACUUAGUUCCUUGUUUAAAUUCUAACAUGAGUAAACAUUUGCAUUUGUUACUUUCAUAAAUGUUCAGUCUCCAUCA